CUUUUUCGAUAUAUUGUAACUAAUUUUCAUACUGGUUUUAUUGAUAAACUAUCCACCUACCUAGAAACGUUAAUCGCGUUUUAAUAUGCACGUGUUUAUUGAACAAGUAUUAAAAACUCCGAUACAAAUAGAGCGGGAGUCUUAUCUAUAUAAAAACGGACUGCCACUAGUUGAUGCUUCAGUAGACUGAACGUGCGGGCAUCAAUGAACACACUAACGUAGCACUUACCCAUUAAUAAUAAAAUGAAGUUUAAUUCUAUUAUAGUCCUGUUCAGUGCUCUCUUCAGUGAAGUGCUAAGUCUAAAUAUUUUAGGAGUGUUCCCGUACCAAGGCAAGAGCCACUUUUUCGUUUUCGCACCAUAUCUAAAGGAAAUAGCAAGAAGAGGCCACAACUUAACAGUGAUAUCAUAUUUCCCUUUAAAAGAACCAGUCGACAACUACCAUGACAUAAGUUUGGCUGGUAAAACGAAAAUAUUAGAAGAUGUUUUCCCUAUAUACCGAUCGUACUGGUCUAUAAUACAGAUAAGUUUUUUCUUGACAAAUUCUGGACAGGAAAACUGUAUCACGCUGCUAGAAGAUGAGAACGUACAGAAUCUGUGGAAGACGAAACAGAAGUUUGAUUUAGUGCUUGUGGAACUGUUUAAUAGUGACUGUGCUCUGGGAUUGGCUCACAAACUUGGUGCCCCAGUCGUUGGUCUCACAUCACAUGUAUUGAUGCCAUGGCACUAUGAAGACUACGGGAUACACUACAACCCCUCCUACGUACCGGUGCUAUUUUUAGAAGGCGGAACGAAGCCAACCUUAUACCAAAGAAUUGAAAGGAGUAUUUUCCACUUGUACUUUGUAUAUUUACACAAAUUGACGUGCCGGAGAAACAAUCAAAAAACUUUAGCGCAAUAUUUUGAUGAUGUACCGCCUCUUGACGACUUAGCAAAGAAUGUUAACAUGUUGCUUUUGUACACUAAUUACGUUUUAUCUGGACCUGGACUCUACCCGCCAAAUGUACGGGAAGUCGGAGGGUAUCACGUCACAAAACCCAAAGAAUUACCUCAGGAUCUAAAGAAAUUCAUUGAAGAAUCUGAGCAUGGCGUCAUUUAUAUAAGUUUUGGAUCAAUGUUACGAGCUACCUCGACUCCCAGAGAUAAAUUGGAAGCCAUCAUCGACGCAGUAUCAGAAAUACCUCAGAGAAUAAUUUGGAAGUGGGAGGAAAAGACUUUACCGGGAAACCCGAAGAAUAUUUUCAUAUCGAACUGGUUACCGCAGAACGAAAUUUUAGCACAUCCAAAAGUCCUGGCCUUUUACUCCCAUUGCGGCAUGUUAGGAACCACGGAAGCUAUUCACUAUGGAGUUCCUAUAAUCGCUAUGCCAGUUUUUGGAGAUCAACCAAGCAAUGCUGCUGCUGUUGAAGAAAGCGGUCUUGGAGUACAAAUCCAAAUAAAAGAAUUAACCAAAGAAACUUUACUGGAGAAACUUAGGAUUGUUUUAAAUCCUGAAUUCAGGAAGAGAGCGAAAGAACUGUCGAAAGUUUGGCAUGACCGGCCACAAUCCCCAAUGGACACCGCCAUUUAUUGGACGGAGUAUGCUGCGCGCACUGCCAACUACACCUUCAGAACUCCAGCUAACUCCGUUCCUUUAUAUCAAUAUAGAAUGUGGGAUAUUAUGGCAGUAAUACUCACUAUACUAUUUAUAAUCUUCUAUUCUAUAAAAACAGUAAUCUCUUUAGUUCAGAAAAGAAGAGAAGAGCGGUUUUAUGAGUUCAAGACUAAGUAAUUAUUCUUCAGAUCUUAAUUAUUUAUUCUUUGUUUAUUUGAAUGUAUGCUUGCCCACUAAGUACAGUCAAACAAGUGAGAGAUAUACAUUAAUUCAGUUCGGAGGCAGGAACUAAAAAUAAUACAAAGUACAAA